AAGACAGUAAAGAUUCAAGUAUUCUGGUCUUUUGACCUCUGAAUAUCCUUAAUCCAGGGUCAUUCUCUGAUCAAUUUAAAAUAUAAAAUACUUCACAUAAAUAUUUGGUCUUUCCAAUUUGUUUUGCUUUGAAAAUGAAUACUGAAGACCCGUCGCUGUACCUUUUAAAGGGGCAAUCUGCAGUUACUUACAUACAUUUUUGGAAUGUUAAAUUAAUGAUAAAGCUUAAACCCAUUGAUUCUUGGAGAGUUUAACCUUUUACCAAAACAGUGAAUUGUGAAAAUGCUUUGUUAUGGUUUCAACUGCGUGAGCGACAUCAUUUUCCAAUUGUAUAGUGUUUCGUGCAUUUCUGAGCGCCCAGCGCAGUCGACAGAGAGUGGGCGAGCCGUGUGCUAAUUUGGUUCAAUUCCCUGCAGAGUGGUUUUAAGCUUCACAAGUAUUUCAGUGCUACUGGUGGAGGCACCUCUGUAUCACAAACCUUAUUGAUUCCUCUACAUACGUGUAAUUUUGAAAUACGCUCUGUAUUUGCAGUUUAAAGGCCAUUUCACUUGCGCACGGGAUCUAGACAAGUAACCUUCACUGAAAAGAAAUGAUUCCCAGAACGUCCCAGUUGUCUUGAAAGCACCAUAAAUCCAGAGAAUGCCAGACAUUGACAAAGUUUGAUGACAAAAUGUGCCCACAAAGGAACGCAGCUCCACCUUCCUGUUCAAGUGAGCACAGCACAACAAGGGUGUGGGCUAUGGGGUGGAGGUCUGAGGCAAUGCCUGGUUCUGGCCCCCCUGGGUCAAAAACACCCAGCAGCCCUGAGAUGAUGAGUGGCCCUCUACCCUGGCACUCCUCUAAGUGAUGAAGACCCCUGCCAUCCUCAUCCUGUCUGUCCUGUGCAGAACUGUGCUUGUGUCAACGAAGACGGUGAAGCACACGGUGGAGGAAUGGAACAGAUACAGGAACGAGUGCCUGCUGAGAAUGAGCACGGACCUCACACCCCCAGGCUUGUUCUGCGGCCGUAUGUUUGACAUGUACGCCUGCUGGCCGGAGGGUGUCCCCAACACCACGGUGAAAGUACCCUGCCCGUGGUACCUCCCCUGGUACAACCAAGUUCGUAAUGGGCAUGUGUUGCGGGAGUGUGGACCUGAUGGCCAGUGGGCCGUUAACAACACCAGUAGCACAUGGAGGGACCACUCCCAGUGCAACGCAGACAACAACCAGCAGGUGGCACAGGAGAACCAGAUGGUGAUCUUGGCCUACUUCCGGGUGAUGUACACUGUGGGCUACUCUCUGUCCCUGGCCAGCCUUUCCCUGGCCCUCAUCAUACUGCUCAUCUUCAGGAAACUAAGGUGCACCAGGAACUAUAUCCACACCAAUCUGUUUGCGUCCUUCAUCCUGCGAGCCAUAUCCAUCCUCACCAGAGAUGCUGUUCUCACCAGGGACACCCCAGAGUUCAGAGACAACAGAGACGUGUCCAACGUCCUCAGUGAUAAGGCCCUGUCUGGCUGCCGUGUGGCCCAGGUGCUGAUGCAGUACUGUGUGGGGGCUAACUACUACUGGCUGCUGGUGGAGGGCCUGUACCUUCACAACCUGCUGGUGCUCAUGGUCUUCUCAGAGAACAGCUACUUCUGUGGAUACCUCUUCAUCGGCUGGGGAUCCCCAGUGUUAUUUGUGGUCCCCUGGAUUAUAGUGCGUUACCUGUAUGAAAAUACACGGUGCUGGGAAAUCAACGAGAACAUGUCGUACUGGUGGAUUAUCCGCACACCCAUCCUCCUGGCCAUCCUGGUCAACUUUUUCAUAUUUAUUCGGAUCAUACAGAUCCUUGUCUCCAAAUUAAAGGCAAACCAAAUGAGGUACACCGAUUAUAAAUUCAGGUUGGCUAAGUCCACUCUGACCCUCAUCCCUCUCCUCGGAAUCCAUGAGGUUGUCUUUGCCGUGAUGUCAGAGGAACAGACCGAGGGCGUCCUCCGAAAUAUCAACCUCUUCUUUGAACUUUUCUUCAACUCUUUCCAGGGUCUACUGGUUGCCAUCCUGUACUGCUUCGUCAAUAAGGAGGUGCAGUCAGAGAUAAAGAAGAAGUGGCAGCGAUGGAAGCUGGGCAUGACCGUCCUGGACGACCUUCGCAACACCGGCAGCAACACGCCACAGGGGGGCACCGGCGGCGGGCAGUGCCACCACGACCCGCCCUGCCAGCCUGACUGUCCACAGGAGGAUACCCACAACCUCUUCACAGAUGCCUCCGCCUCGGGGCCGCAUAUCCCCCCGCGCCCACACAACCACCCAGGGGCCAAGAAGGGCAAGGCCUACUGCUACAUUUCCGCCCGCAAGCAGGUGCUGAACGGCCUUGAUGGAGCUCCGCUGGGAAACGGGGGUGGAGAGGGAGCCAUCAAAUACUCUGAGAGCUACUGCUGAGUGGCUCGGUGAAGGGGCUAACGACUAGCUGGCUAACUUUGUAAUUUCUAGUGGAUGGAAUUCAAACCAGACAACCGCCUGCUUCAGCUGUGUACUUCCAGAUCUAUGUGGCCUACUGUAGUUGGUGUUUCAUCGAACCCAUGUCUUAAUAGUUGUGUGAACAUGAUCCGGGACAUUGGAUGAUUGCCAGAGUGUUUUUGCUGCACUGGCCAAUCAGUCUGUGUGUUGUGACUCCUAUAGGUUUUCAGUGGCAGAUAAGAUGACCCAUCCCAAGUGCAAUAUCGCCUCAAUCGACCUAGAUUGACUUUUUUCAUUUUAUUUAACCUUUAUUUAACUACGCAAUUCGGUUAUGAACAAAUUCUUAUUUACAAUGACAGCCUACCCCGGCCAAACCCGGACGACGCUGGGGCAAUUGUACGCCGCCCUAUGGGACUCCCAGAUGUUGAGGAAAGCUACUUAAAUUAGGAAAUGAACACCGUCCAACCUUGAUCUGCUCUGAUUCGACUGUUUUGGCGGUAUACUUCUUUUGUUUUCUACCUCUUGCUCUACUUGUGGACAAAAUGGAAACGUUAUGUGCCAACCGUGGACCAUCUUUUCAUGUGCAAUGGAUAAUUCUAACAAUAGUGUGUUUAUAUGUUGGUAUUGGACAAACUCAGUGAGGUACUUAGAGAAGGCAAGAGGUGAGUAAACCAAUAUUGUCUUCCCCAGUGAGCUAGCCACACAAACACUAUGGUUUCCCUUGGCAACACCGUAUUUUGAAUUCUUCUCACCCAAUCGUUUAACAUCUCUAAAGCCCCUUGCUCACUAGUCAUACGCCUAUAAGGUUGCAGUAAAUGUAACUGAAUACAGUGAGCAAAGGAACCGCGCUCUUACGCAAUAUCGUAGACCUAAAGGCAGGCACAUUACUAUCAUGGUGGUGGCUGUGUGUGAGGCAUGACUUCUGCAAAUGAGAAAGAUGGAUUCUCUGAUUACAUGCCCGAUGUGGAAGAUAACUGGCAAGACAUUUAUUCUUCAAAUUAUGUCAGUGGGGGGGAGGGGAGUUUCUUUACUGCACUGUCAAAAUGGGUUGAAUUAUUUGUAAGGUCCUAUUGACAUAGUUUUCACUAUCACAGAAUGGAAGGUGAACGUAAUCCAGUGGUCUUUUAAGCACUAUCUACAUGCAAAUGAAAAGACGAUAACUGGAAUGGCGUAGUCUGUGGCACCUUCUUCUUUAAUCUUCUCGAUUUAUCACAGGCUUAUGCAAUCUGGAAUGUAAAUUAUCUCUAUCGUGGUGAGUUCUGGUAGCCUGUUACCGUCCACAAAUGGUUUUGUCUUAUAGGUUUUCCAGACUAACCAUAACUACUUACCACCCAGCUGACAGUUUUAUAUCCCCCUGAACACAGGUCGUAACAUGCCUAGAGGGAAUCUCUCUUCUGCUUCUGGGAAUUAAGGUCCCAGUCCCCAGUACCCCUGCUGCCAUGUGGCCUAAACACUAUGGUGCAAUGGGAAAUGGCUCUCUACAUGAUAAACCACAGCUACAAAAUACACAUAAGUAUUCUACUGUAUGUGUGUUGAUGGUAUGUAGGUCUGUGUCUGACAGCACGUUUGCAAAGCUAGGAUCCAUUCUGUUCAUCCUACGUGAAGACGUCUGUUACAUUACAUAUAUCUGUGUAAGGAUGCAACAAACUCAGUUCUCCAGGCUGGAAUCUGUGACAAACAAAAUGUUUUGCCCUGAUUACGCGCUCACUCUCAGUGAACAUUUGAAAUACCAAUAUGAGUUGCGCUAAAGGCCACUUUUUUUUUCUUCUUUUGAACCCAGCUAACAAUCCCCUACUCCUAUUUAAAGACUGGUCUCAAUCUAAAACGAACACAGCACAACCCUAACUUCUCCAGAUAUAGCUUGACUACUCUGUGUGUAUGGAUCUGUCAGAGCGUCCAGAGCCCUCGACUCAUUUUACGGUUUGUCAUUAGUCUCUUCUUGAGGGUCACAUUGCACCUAAUGGCUAUCCACCGGUUGAACAGUGGUUCUGUAGGCAAUUAAACCAGGCAGUUGUCAACUUCCCUUUUGAAAUAGCUUCUCUAACCCACAUACAGAACUUUGUAUUUCUGUCUUCCCGUUCACUCCAAAUGGGACCAACCCAUUACCCAAGCAUGUCCGCCAUCCACCUCAGUGUCAUCAAAAUGUAUUAUGUCAAACAAAUGAACCAACUGUUUUUCACUAGCAGUAUUCCUACUAGGGUUAUUACUGGUGCUUGCCUCGAUGCCUCUGGUGACAUAGAUCAUUACUCGAAUGGUGUGUGUGUGUGAUAUUAUCUUAAUUUCCAAAGUGGCUUGGCUGAACCUCACAAAUUCUGAAAUAGCAUUCACAAACUGAGUGUUGUACUUCACAAAUAUCUUCUUGUAUAAUGUACCUUUUGGCAACAGCACAUGUAAUCUUUGGCAUUUCUUUGGCCAUCAUUACAACAUGUUGUGUUGUUUGUAAAACUGCUUAUGUCAGACAUUGACUCUUCAAUAAUGAAACGAUCAGAUGUAGCAUAGGGUUAGUUAGCGUUGCUAGUAUGUGUUACAGUGGUGCCGUGACCUAGAGAGUGGACAGUAAACUGUGGUCAAAGGGAGGUGGAUUCCAUGGAUGCCUACGUUAGAACCAUGGGGUGAGUUAGUCCUGGACUGUCACCCUGGACCCAUAAUCCAUUGGGUCCAUUGUGGCAUGGGUGGAACGUAUUACAUAAGUCAGAAGGUCUUGUCUGUUUAACUCGACAUGUUCUAUAUACCUGUCAACAGGUAAAGUGGAUGCACUGACACUCAAGUGAUAUUUCACUGUGUGUGAAUAUGUUAUCACGGGGCAAUUACAGUACAAAGAACAGCACUAAAUCUCACAUACUGUAUAAGACUGUGACAUGAAUGGACACUAUUUUUAUUCACUUUUUAUGUACAUGUUUGUUAUUUUCACAAGUCAUUUAAAUUAUUCUUAAUCUGCCAGUUUAAGUACUUGUCUAUAUAUAUAUUUUUUGUAUCUAACAACAACAAAAAAUCGACAUUAAUAAGGAAAGAUAUGACCAUUUUGCUGUUGAGCCUCCUUAUUCAGAAAAUAAAUCACAUUGAAUUUCAUCAAGAUUAAAAGCUGUUUGAUCAAUUAAA